AUGGAAGUAACAUACAACGUCAUCAAGGGCUCUGCCAGCAAACAACUUGUUGAGCAUAGCGUGGUUUCCCGUCUAGAGCCUCACCAAGUUUACAUCGAGACCACCCACUCUGGCCUAUGUUUUACAGAUGAGCAUUACCUUGGCGCCGACCAAGCUCUCGGUCACGAGGGAGUUGGUAUCAUCCGCCAAGUGGGUCAAGGAGUAAAAUCGGUCAAGGUUGGCGACCGUGUCGGUUUCGGAUAUACCCAUGAAGUUUGCGCGAAUUGCGACAACUGCGCUCAGGGUUGGGAUCAGUUCUGCAGAGAUCAGAAGCAAUAUGGCUUCCACGACUUCGACAACGGCACCUUCAGCUCUGGCGCCGUCUGGGACGAGAAGUGCGUAUACCGCAUACCUGAAGGCUACGAGUCCGCCCAUGCCGCUCCUCUCAUGUGUGCUGGAGCUACUGUUUGGACCGUCCUAAGCAAAUACGGCGUCGCUGCCCGCGACCGCGUUGCUAUCAUGGGUAUCGGCGGUCUCGGACAUUUGGCCAUCAAGCUUGCUGCCGCCAUGGGAUGCCAUGUUGUGGUUCUCUCAAGUUCUGAAACUAAGAGACAAGAAGCAAUGGACUAUGGCGCAUCCGAGUUUCAUGUCUUCCGAUCUGGAGAAAGUCCAGUGGAUACCAUCGCACCUGUGAAGCACCUGCUCCUUUGCGGUAGUGGUGGCGUGGACUACAAGAGUCUCCUCCCUCUUAUGGACACACACGGUGCUAUCUAUCCUCUUACCGUGGCCUUUGAACCUGCGCCUAUUCCACUCCUUGACCUUCUCUGGAAGGGUGUCAAGAUCCAAGGCUCCCUAGUUGCAUCACGCGACUCGAUGCGCAGCUUGCUGGAGUUUGCUGCCCGCAAGAACAUUACUCCAACUAUCGUCACCUACCCUCUCACUGUGAAAGGCAUCGAGUCAGCAAUGGAGGACUUGCGGGGCGGAAAGGUCCGAUACAGAGCAGUUCUGUGUCGUGAGGCAUCACAGCCCUGA